AUGAGCUUCGGCCCUCUUGUCUUGCGACAUACUGACAUGUCUUCUUCACCGCCAAGCUUUUCACGUUGGGAUGGUGUUCCUUCUCCUCCCAUGUCCCCACCAGCUCUUCCUCCUGCCGUCAAUGUUGACGUGCCAAGCCCACAUGCUAAAUCCGGCGACAAUGGUAUCAAGGCUCUCGUCUCGAUCGGCGGAAAUCUUAGGAUCCGAGCUUCACUGUAUGUGCGCUUGGCACGUCAACAUUAA